GGUUAAUCCCGAGCUCGACUAUAAAAGGGAGGAGAAUAAGGAAGCAGGGCACAGACGCAUCUAGACAGCCCACCGAAGACCUUGUCGGACAACAGUGACAGAAACAUGACGGUGUGCUGCCAGUCAUGCAAAAAUCCGGUCAAUGAGAAAAUUGGGUCCCCCUGCUCCCCAUAUCGCUACUCCGCGGACACAGCCAGCAGUGUUUCCUGCAAAAGAUUCAGGUCGACCAAGGGGGCGUCCAAAGCCAGACGGGACCACAUCAACGGGGAGAUCCGAAACAUGCGUGCCCUGCUGCCCAUCUCCCCCGAGGACAGGGAACGGCUCUCCUACCUGCACUCCAUGUCGGCCAUCUGCACCUUCAUCAGGAAGUCCAUCUUCUACAGAGAGCUGCAGGCUGAGGUGGGCGCCAGCUCUCCCUUGCCUUAUGAGGAUUUCCUGCAAGCGUUGCCUGGUUUCAUUGUGGCCAUGACCAGAGAGGGGAAGCUGAUUUACGUCUCAGAGAAUGUGGUGGACUACCUGGGCUAUUCAAUGGUGGAUGUGCUUCAAGGAGACACUUUCUAUGACAUGGUGGAGAGCGCAGAUGUGGACGUGAUCAGAUCCUGCCUGGAAGCAGACACUAUGCCGUCAACAGAGAGAGCCUUUGUCUGUCGGAUGCACACUUCCAAGCCCUUUCGGCUCAGACAGGGCAGCAGCUGCUCCAUGCUUAUCAGGGGCCGUCUCCAGGCCACCCCACAGUCUCCACCGUCCUGCCCUGACCUGGGCCAGGCUUUCGUUGCGCUGUGCACCCCAACUGUGAACCGUCUGUGGGACAGUGACUCUCACUGCCUCAGGGAACACUUCCAAAGCCUCCACCGGCUUGAUAUGACCUUCGCCCAAGUCUCCGACAGUGUGUUGUUUCAUCUGGGAUACUCAGCAGAGGAGAUGAUUGGCCGGUCCUGGUACAGCCUGCUUCACCCAGAUGACUUAUCUUUGAGUGCAUCUGGACACCGGAGUUUGCAGAAGUCUGAUGAAGACACCCUGGUGGAGAUGGUGCUCAGACUACAGUGCAAGGAUCUCUCCUGGGCUUGGCUGUACAUUCGAGCAGCAAGGGAUUCUGGGAAGCAGACAGUGAGCUGCACAAACUAUAUUAUCAGUGCAACGGAAGCCACAUUCGUCAAACAGAAGAUCUACACUGAUGCCCAAAGUGCCCUGAGACCUUUACAGCAGAAAUUCUCCCAGCACCUAGUCUCCAACACCCCCCAGUGUCAGACUGAAAGCACUGGCAGGCGCUUGAAAAGACAAAGGGAGACACACAGCCCGGGUGAGGAGCCCCAGAGCAAGAGCAGCAGGGUCUCUGAGCCCCUUGUGCAUUACUUUUCACAUACAAACCAGGCCUCUGAUGGGGGCUCUCCUACAGCACCAAGGGAUGGCCCCACGUUCCCCUCCACCCCGCCAUACAGCCCAGCCUCCUCCCACUCCUCCACCCUGCAGGAGGACGCCAGCUCCGACUUCCUCCUGGAUACCUACAGCUACACGGAGGACUUCCUGUCCCCCUCAGAGAGCUCUCCCCCUUAUUUCCCCUGCAACGACGGCCUCUCCAGGGCGCCUGGCCACUUCUCCCCCUCCGAGCCGCUCCAGACCAUCCUGGACCACGCUUUCAAUCUGAGCAGUCUGGGCGUGAUGCCUGCUCAGUCUCCAGAGCCCCACACUUCGCCCUCCUACAAUUUCCCAAGCUGCUCCGCCGACGCUCGCCUGGUGCCCGACUGCCUGCCCAUGCCAGCGGUAUGCGGAGCGACCUCUGACUGUGCGUUCCAUCCCGAGGGCUCCAGCCUUCCUGCACACCCUCCAGGGGGCGCUGGCCCUUUCCUGGCUCCUCAGGGCUCCCAUAGUGCCUCCCAGCUGCCCACGGGCCUGCUGACCCCGGACCCCUCCCCGACCGCUGAGAGCUGCUUUCAGUACAGCGAGGAAGAGCGGGUGGAGAUUAGCAUCCUAGCCCAGCAGAUCUCCUCGCUGGCUAGCAGCUUCGACACAUACUGCAGCCACGGCCCCACCCUCAGCCUGCCCACCGGAUACAGCAAGCCUUCCUCCAGCAGCACCCCAGCUCUGGCCCCUCAGAUGACACAGCCUUCUCCCAGCUGCUGGCCACACCCGGCCACACAACCCCUCAAACCCGAGCUGGUCCUGGACGAGGAUGUCAUCGACAGCAUCCUGAAGGAUCUGGACACAGUGUCAGAAGGAGAAGCCCUGGCCUGCUCCAGACCCAGCCCAGGCUGCUGUCUGGCAGACACCUGCAGGCCAGAGAGUGAUCAGCAGGCCCUGGAUGUCCUGGAGGUGCGGUCCCCUGCGCUCUCCUUCGCCACGCUCAUGGAUGGCUUACCGCUGGGGCAGCUCCCUUCCCCUCACACUUCACUGGAUCCCUGUAUCCUGACCCCUGGAUGCCACGACGAUGCCAAUGAGUUGUAUCAACUCAACCAGUAUCUACACAGUACCCUCCACCAAGAUGGGCUUGUUGAAGAAUCCAUGUACUGA